GUCGUUCCGAAACGUGAUUCCGCGGUGCGUCAGAGCAUUCACAGCGCUCAAAUAAACAAACUAGACUGAAAAUCUCGUGCGCACGACGGUUUGCAUUUAGCGAGACUGCAUUUCUCCCCUGCAUCACAAAACGUCGCCGGUGGAGGAAGACUGUCGUCAAAAAAACAGGAAGACGAAAUCUACUGAUUUCUCAAAUACGUGAUACGUGCACUGCCGGCCAUCGGUCUGUUUAUUCAGAAUCACCGUGAAUCGUCCAAAUUAACGUGAAUAUCACUCGCUUUGCAUGUGAUCGAGAUUCGACGACGCACACGAGAUCCACGUUAUCUGAUGCGUCAUCUUAAGCGAGAGUUAUCUCCAUUGAUCGGUCCAGCUACGCGGAGGCGCAAUAGUACGUUCGCGGUAACGCCUGCCGCCCUCGCGCAGAACAGUCCCGGACUCUUUCGGACUCUCACCCGCGUGUGAGGGUCAUGUAUCGUUCAUGUGAUGACGCGAGAGAUCGUCGUCUAUGAGGACCUGAGUUCCGGCAUAAAAACAUUAUUACGUUUCAUGUAAUUAUUCUUUAGUGUGUGAUUUUAAGAACAUUAAACAAAAGACAUUAGUAUUUUUAAGAUUCUAAGAUUAUCGUGAAAGUAGAAACUAUUACUUUUUUCGUGGAGUGUUGAUCGGUUGUAUGCGCUUUAUCUCAUUCAAGACUCACGAAUCGAACGUUACGAUCGCUUUAUAGUGCCAAGGAUUUAGUGCGCGGUAUUUGGACGGAUGUCACGUGUUCUUGUCUCGUGAUUAUUGUCGAACGUUAAUUGCCGCGGGAUGCUUCUCGGUGGGUACCGAUAUUACACUCAAAAUCAGAAUGAGCCGUCCACGAGGACCAGCGCUUGGAGUCCUUAUAGCCCUUUUCGAAACACCAAUUUGCCAUCAUUACAGGACAUCACAAUGAGUCAAACUCUGCCAUUGACGAAUGCUGGAUCACAUGGUGAAAACUCAUCUGGAAACAAAGAAGGUGCAACAAUGGCGCGAUCAGGGGAUGAUGAAGGAGGCGGUGGAAGUGGUGGCGGCGGGGUAGGAUACUGUAGAACCAUGAAAGAAUACGAGGAUCAAUUAAGCAAGUUGCAGAAGGAAAAUUUCCAACUUAAAUUGCGAAUUUAUUUCUUGGAAGAAAAAGGCAUCGCUCCUGGCGCCAAUUCCUCCGACGAUGAUGCAGUUAAGACAAACAUAGAAUUAAAGGAUGAGUUGCAAAAAUUAAAAAUGGAGUUAGUGGAGAAGCAGGACCUUCUCAAUCAAGCGGCCAGGGCUUUCAAAUUAUAUGAAGAGCAGAAAGCAACGACUUCUCGGACUCAAGAACAAUGUCAACAAUCCCUUGAAAAAGAGCGAGAAAAAGUAACGAAGCUCGAGAAAGAGUUAGCGGAAUAUCAGGAAAGAGAACGAAGUACAUCCAUGUAUUACAAGGAAGCAUUCGGUAUCACUCCGGAACAGGCGUUGCAAAACGCAGAAAAAUUGCAACAAAUGGAACAAUUGGUGACUUCUCUCGAAGCAGAGGUGAAGCAAGUAACUGGCAGCUUGGAAGAGGAGCGUAUCUGGGUGCAGGAACUUGAAAACGAGAGAGACCAGCUUAAAGAGCAGUUGGAUGUAGAGACACAUCUGCGGGAGAAGCAGGACAGGAACCGAGUGCAAAGUAUCGAGGAGCUGCACGAGGAAACAAAGGAACUGCGCGACGAAGUGAAAGAGUUGAAGGAGCAAUUGUUUAAAAACGAUUCCGUCCUGCAACGGUACAAAAACGAUCUUGCCGAACAGGACAGGCUGCUGAAGCAGAAGAGUGCGCUGCUGGAGGAAAAGUGUCGUGCGUACGAAGAAGUCAAUCAAGUGUCCGAGAAGAGGAAAAAGCAAGUUAUUCAGUUAAGAGCGUCUAUAAAAACCCGCGACGACGCUCUUACGGAAACCAACAAUAAUUAUCGUGCAUUGUUAUCACAGCGCGAAAAUAGCAAACGCUCGCCACCCAGUAGUCCCUCGGCAGUAACUUCACUAACAAACGAAUAUCUAUCGCCUAUGGGACAGAGAAUAUCUUGUAUUCAGAAUGCGACGAAAAAUGACGGUGCCUACGAUUGCGAAUCGAGUAAAGAGAAAACGGCGAGUUCUCUUGUAGCCGGAGAUACCAGAGAACUCAGGCAGCUAGUUAAAGUACUGGAAGAGAGGGAGAAUGAAUUGAAACAACAAGAGGAAGCCAGAAAGCAAUUGAUAUUAAAGCAGUGUAAUAUGCAAAAGCAGGAAGAGCAUUUGAAGCAGAAGUUGAAGAAACUGGAAUGCGAGCAUGAGAAAGCCAUGAAAGCGAUACAAGGCUUUAUAGAACGUGAGCAAGAAAUGCGGGAUGCAGAUUCACAUAAGGAGCACAGGAUUUUAGAAUUGGAGACGGAGCUGCGCAAAAGAAGAAACGGCCACGUUUCGUUGAAGGAUCUUGGCGUCAACAAAGCGGACGACCCCGCAAUCAAUUCCGACAACCAGCAACGUUUUGAAGAAAUGGAAAGCAAGAUUAACGACCUACGGGAUCAAAUCGAGGCAAUAAAAGCUGAGAAGAGUCUCCUGGAGAAACGAACACAAGUCGAAUCCGAGGAACUUUAUGAACGCCUUAACAAUAAAGAGCAAAGAAUCGAGAUUUUGGAGACGGAGAAGCAGGCCAUCACGGAAGAAUUGAAGGAUAAAAUCGCCGAACUUGAUAAGCUGAAAUGUGGCGAGACGAAUAGCGCAGACGAAAUUACCACCACCGAUCUCCACAACGAUACUCCGUGCAGGGAGGAAUUGCUCGAGCAACUGAAUCAACGUAACGCCGAGAUGAAGGAGAAGAAUCGCAAGAUCGAGCAGCUAACGAAGGAGUUGCAAGUGACGACGCAGAAUCUGCAGAAGCUUGUCAACACGGAACUCUGGAGCAAAAACAAGGAGAUCGCCAAGCUGCACAAUCACAUGACGGCAUCGCAUGGUCACGAUAAAAGCCGGAACAAGUCCGAAACCGUCCAGGAGCCCGAUAGUUUGCAGCUGAUAAGUCUAAUUCGCGAGUUGAACGAGAUCGGCGUUAAAGUAAACUUCGCGAACGAGACCGUGCGGCUUAAUUACACUCACGGAGACGAAACGGUAGACGUAAAGACGUUGAAUGAAUAUAUUCAGAGGUUGACGACUCAGCGGAACAAUCUAGAGAAGGAAGUGGACUAUCUGAAGUGGCUGAAGCUCGUCUCGAAGCCGGACAUCGCCGCAGAAAUCGACGGUUGCGGCAACGAGACUGAACGCGCGAAGAAGUACUGCGAACUACUGCGUACGCAUCUGAAGGACCUGGUGAAAUUCAUGAAGGAGAUGUUGAAGAAUGCCGAUCGCGCAGACACUAUCGGUAACGAGCACAAGAAGAUCGUGUUGGACGUCCUACUCAGCUCCAAAAUACUGUCAGAUGACUUCGUGCGCGCUCUUGAAGGCAUGUCUGUGCCAGCCGAUGUGAUUACGCAUGACCGGGUCGAAGAUUCCAUGCGAAAGAGCCGAUCCGAGAAUAUCGCGGAGACGGCUAUGAAUCCGGUGUCGCAGUCGGACUCGGAAACAUUCUCGGAACCAGAUCGCACCGUCUCCUUGGCUAGAAUCGGUUUGCAGCAGAAGCAGCACAAGAACAUGAGUCGUUCCAGAUUCACGAAGUACGCGAAGACUUGCAGCGAUUCCGAAGACUCCGCGGAUUAUGUGCCUUAUUAUAAGACGUAUCAGAACGAUCUGAACGACUUGGACGCGAGCCAUCAGAUACAAGAGCUGAAAGAAACGAAUAAUAUGCUGUACUCCGAACUUAGCGCCCUAAGGAACGAUCUGGUUACGAAAGUUUCCUUCGAUCGCACAAUCGAUGAAAAAUUAACACCAUUUAUUACGAAGUUAGAGAAGUCUCAAAGGUUCUGUGAAAAGUUACAAGGUUCUUUGGAGAAGAAAAUACACGAAUUCCAUAUAUUAAGGAAGGAGAACAAGCAGAACAACAUUCGCAAGAUACAAUUGGAUAAAAGGAUUAAUGAGGUUGAGCAAAUGGCGAGUGAAAUAACUAAACAGAAGGCUGAACUAUUGCAGUAUAAGGAAAACGCCGAAAGAAAGACCACGGAAACACUAUUAAUGCUCAACAAGGAGAACGAAUCGUUGCGAGAGAAAAUUAAACAGUUGGAGGAAGAAAACGAGACAGCCAAAGCAACUAUAUCCACUCUCAGGAAAGAGUUAGACCAUCUCACCCUUUCGCAUAGUCAGAUACUCGUGGAGAAUACCAAGUUGAUGAAUGACAAAUUGAAACUCGAGCAAGAGAUUAGGAAAAUGGAGAAUCGAUACGAUACGGCUGUCCACUCACUGCAUGAUAAAUUUAGCAAGGAGAUAUUUGAUCUCAAUCAGAUCAACGAUUCACACAGAGCAAGAGUGCAAGAACUCGAAUCGGCAAAUAAAGAGUUCAGGAGGCACAUGGCGGUGUGCGAAGCUAGCGAUUCGGCACCGAGCUCGAGCGGCGUGUCGUCGAUACCUACGGACGCCACGCUUAAGCAAACUUGUGAUAUUUUGCAAGAAUAUCAGCCUUACAACAACUCGCAGUAUUGGCAACCGAUGAAUUAUUCUACAAUCGGAGGACGCAGUAAAUCCAGUUGUUCUCCAGAUUUAGGAAUAGAAAGUGACGGCGCCGUUACUACGAUUAGGCCUUUGAAAGAUACAUUGAAAAUCACAGAAUCUAUGACUAACUUGCUAAGUGAUGAAGAUAAUGGGAAUAACAGAGCUGGAGAUACAAACAGCGAAAGUCCAUUACCGAUAGAAGGCCUUGACGAAGUAGAAGCUUUGAAACAAGAGAACGAAGCAUUAAAGCGAAGACUGAUGAAAACCAGAAGAGCAUUAGAAGACACGUUUGAGCACCUAUCAGCUUCGAAUAAAAAUAAAAAAAUUGUCGAGAAGGCAAUAAUAAAGCAGCUUAUGGUCACGAGGAGUAUUCUCAAAAAGACGAGGACAUUCGACGAACCUUUGGACAAUUAAUAGAGAUUGCAGACUGAUAGAUCAAAAACUACGCAUGAAGAACAAACAGAGCGCAAAAUUGUUUACUCUCGUUGAACUGUAUUCUCAAAAGCUCAUUAACUACUCA